ACAGCGGGGAAUUUCGGGAUACAAAAUGGCAUCAAUUUGAGCUUUUGACUUCGAAUAUUUCAUUUUAUAUACUAUUUCUAGUGUAUUUUAAGGCAUAGAAACGGGACGAUGUUUAAUUCAUGCUUGGCCCGUGGCAACUCCGGAGCUGCAGUUUAUAAGACUUUCAUCUGGUCCAAUUUGAAGUGCUGUCGGCGACCGAGACAGCAUCACCAGGUCGUUACAUUCAAUGUUUCUGGGUUCUGCCAGAGCACCACAAACUCAAAGCGGAGUUUCAGUCAGGUGGACGGGGAUAAAUGUUUGGGGCUGUAUACGUGUCACAGCCUGACUCCUCAUAGGACUCUCUUGAAACUUCAGGGCAAGGACGCGAGAGCAUUUCUGCAAGGUCUAAUCACUAACGACGUGGAGAGCUUGACGGGGGAAGAGGGCAGAAAAGCACUGUACACCCAUAUGCUGAACAUUCAAGGGAGAACUUUAUUUGACAUUAUUUUGUACAGUUUGGAGGGAAAGCAGGGGGAAGAGUCGAGCAGCCUGUUGCUGGAGUGUGACGGUACAGUAUCGGACUCUAUUCAGAAACAUUUAAAAGUCUAUAAGAUCCGUCGGAAGGUGAUCAUCGAGCCCUGCACAGACCUGUCUCUGUGGGCCGUCCUGCCUUCAGGGCAGCUGGGGGAGAGCAAAACUGCCGUCCCGCAAGUGUCGGGCUCUGCCCAGAUACUGGUGUGGGAGCCUGACCCUCGUGCUGCAGCGAUGGGGUGGAGACUCAUUGUGAACAAGCAAGUCAACCCACUGGAGAUCCUGCCAGCAAGCCAACUUGGGGAUGUUGAAGAGUAUCAUAAGCACAGGUAUAAAAUAGGGCUGCCUGAAGGUGUAAAGGACCUUCCUCCUGGGGGAGCACUGCCUCUGGAGUCCAACCUGGUCUACAUGAAUGGUAUCAGCUUUGUCAAGGGCUGCUACAUCGGGCAGGAACUGACUGCCAGAACUCACCACACUGGCGUGAUCCGGAAGCGCCUUAUGCCUGUACGGCUGACGGAGCCUGUCACUGCCCCUGAGGGGGCUGCCAUCCUCACUGGAGGCGGGAAGUCCGCCGGGAAACUCCGUACCAGCCUCGGGGUCCAGGGCCUGGCACUCAUCAGAUUAGCUCAAGCCAACGAGCCCCUUUUUGUUCAAACAUCAGACAACACUCUUCUGCAACUGAAGGCUUCAUUGCCCGACUGGUGGCCAAAAUAUGAUAAACAGUAGUGACAUGACAAAAACCUUAAUAUUUAACAUGGGUCCACACACACACACACACACACACACACACACAUUGCUAUAGAAAACAAUUGGCAAAAGAGAAAUUCAAGAUAAAUUCAAGAGAAACCUCACAAAAUGCAUAUCCAGCCCCUCUAUAUUGAAAUAUGUUUAAAAGUUGCAAAAUUGAUUACCGAUAGAAACUAUAGCUCAUGGUAUGUAUAUUUAUUCUGUUUUUAUAUGUUCCAGUUUUGAGUGCUUUUGUCAAAUUAGGCAUUCGGUUGUCAGGGUCCAGUUAUUAAAUUCUUAGCUUGGCAAAGUGCCAACAACCUUAAAUGUGUUUGUUCUGUGAUCUUGCAGAAAACAGACAUAUUCAAAGAUGUUGCUCUACCAUUGCACCUAACUUGGGGUGCAAGGUAAGCUGGGAAAUUUAGUUACUGAUCAUUGUUUUUUAGGAUUGCAGAGUUGGUAGGAAACACUGAGGGAAUGUAUUGCUAAAGUAUCUACCAGUAUUAGCAUGUACCACAAAACCACGAUGCUAUACCCUGAGUUGUUUGUGUUUGCCAUCAUUUCUGUUAUAAAUAUUCAGUGUGUAACUUGAUUUGCAGUGAAAUAUGAUUGUUUUUAAAAAAAAGAGCUAAUCUUUACCAUGUUACUCCUGUGAUAUACAGUACCUUUUUUCAGAUAAAUAAUAUAUUAAUGCUUUACAAAGCACUAUAACAUUUAUUAAAGUGCUUAUGCAAGUUUUUUUUUUAUGUCCUGUUUCAUUUGUGUGUUUGUGAAAAUGGGCUGGUUAGGUUCACAUUUUAAAAACGCUUGAUUCUGAAUUUUGAAGCUGUGGAUUUGCAAUUUAACCUAUUCACGUUUGGUAUUGGUCUUUAUUGAAACACAAAAGCAUUAAACCUCCUGCAUGGAAUUCAUUUAGUCAUUGUAGUAAAAGAAGUUACGGGGAGCAUUUACUUGGUAACAUUUUGGAAGAACAGUCUAAACCCAUUGCAUUAGCUAAUUCAAAAGAGGUACCAAGCAAGGUUAUUUGUCAUGCUUUGGAAUUAGUGGUGAACUGCUUUUGGCUAUACAAAAUAUAACCUAAACUUUCCAAAAAAAUAUUGCAUGAAUUAUGUGUUUUGCAUUUAUUUAUUUUAUCCUUUUGGGGCUGUAUGAGCUCCAAAGCAGUUGGGGUAAGUAAGAAGCUGUGGUUUGUUCUUAAAUCCCACUGAAGUAAAUACAGGCUCCAAUUUGUGAGAACAAUGGGUUCUAAUCUGUUCGCGAAGGUACAUGUAAAACUAUACAUUGUGGCAUACAUACAUACACUCAUUGUUUAGGUGCCAAAGUUACGAUAAUUAACAAUAGCCUAUUCUGCAGCUGCAAAAUAAGCAUGCUGAAGCCUUGUGCAGCAUUCAUACAUAAUUAACAUCCUUCAGAGGUACAGGCCAAACCAAAGGCCGAUACCUUUCUGCUGGGGUUUCCAUUUGGUUAUACUGAUUUUCCUCAAGCACUUCCUAAUUUGAGGUACCUGUCUUCUAAAAUUAGCUUUUGUGGCAUCUUGACUUGUCUUGAAACAUGACUAAUGAUAUGGCAGUUGUCAGUGUCUGCUCUUGAAAAGUACUGAUUGUGUGAAUUUAGCCAUUCAUUGUUUACAGUACAGACAGCCUGCUUAACAGUAAGUUACAGUUCUGACUCCUAAAA